CUAUCGCACCAUAAUUAAAAAAGCAGUUCCCACUCGGGUUCGUCCCAUGUAAUGCUGCAAUGUAGCAAAUGCCAGCAAACACUGAUUGAAUGAAUGAACAAAUGGGAAGCUGGGUGAUGCAACUUACACAAUACCAGUUCAAGGUUAAAGGUUGCAUAACGGACGAAGAUUGGUGCCGUAUAGGACGUAGACUGCAGAAUUGUUCAGAUAAGACGACCUAUUAAAAAAACGUUUAAAAAAGUUCUCAUUUUCAAAUUUAGAUUGAUAUCUUGCCCCCCACCUAACUUCAACAACCAAUAAAAACCGUUCCUGUUCAUCCAGAAUCAUAUACAAUAUCCUAUCAGACGUAAAAAGACUGGUUCAGGAUAUUUUGUUUCAAAUUGCAUUAGUGUCAAAUCUUCGCGAUCGUUAUAACAUUAAAGGAUGAUAGAUACGUACAAACAGACUGUCGCACGUAGGCUAUGUUUUCACAUUUGACACACAUUCUCAAUGGUUAAAUUACAAAGGGGUCGUGCUGAAAAUGCUUAAUUGUUUAUUGCAUAGUUUUUCUUUGAAGAAAUAAAAAUUCAAGUUUCAGUUUAGUCAGACCUCAGGUAAACAUCAUAUCGUGUAUUUCCACUUUAUUUCAUAUCCUGGAAAGGUUUCUGAUAAAGUUGCUUAAAACAUUUAACGCAUUCAAAUUAAAUGCCUAAUUCAGUGUUUACUGCUCUAACUAAAAUCGUGGUAUAAAUUACAAAAAUAUUAGGCUAGAGAUGCUGUACCCAACACGACAGCAACGAACGCACUUUAAAUACCCAUCACAGUCCAGAGAAAGUAUAUAUAGCCUUCUGUUGCCAGGCAAAUCACUAAUGAAAGUGAACCUGGUGGAUUUGUUCACAAUCCGGUGUGUAUAGAGCAUUUCAAAUGCAAGAAAAAUGCUGCUCAUUUUACGCCACACACCGCUCAGAAAUCACACACGUUGCCUUACAUGUCAACGCCAAACUUAGGCUGCACUUUUUUUUUCCUGAUAUUGACUAGAAAGUUAAUACAAUUUAACAGCCAGCCAGUUUCACAGUUCAGACAAAGGUGCUACUUUUAUAACUUCUAAAAUUUUGAUUUAAAUAGAAAGGAUUCUUUAAAUGCACUUGUUUUUACCCAAGUGCAUUUAAAGAAUCCUUUCUAUUUAAAUCAAAAUUUGAGAAGUCACCUCAUGGGCCAUGUGUAUUUUAAGCGAUUAUUGAUAUUUAUUGCCAUCAGCCCCAAACCGUAAAGGCGCUGGUCCCAUAUAGUUUAAAAUUUCACACUUAUUCAGCAUUAUAAUCUAGAAUUUAUUAUAUUACCGACUGGAUUCCGGUUGGUCGACUCCGAUAUUAAAACACUGAUUGCGAAUAGUUUUGUUCUCAGGUGUUAAUCUCCAUUCAUGAAUAACACUCAGGGAAAGGAUAAAGUUACCCCGCAUAUCAUAAACGAUCAGUUGUGAAAUAUGGCGCCAAGCUACACACUGAAACACCCGCACAAUCCUGCCACAGAAACUCUUGUGAGAAUAGCCCCCCGCAACACCCAACCCCGGCCUAGAAUAAGGCUGGAAUUUGGAUUGGUCAUUUUUACCUAUCUGAGAGCGCUUUAAUUCGCGUCCAUAUUUUACGUUUGGGGGGGGAUGUUUGUCUUUAAGCCUUCUUUCAUUUUUUAAAUUUGAAAAUAUGCAGCAUCUUAUAAAGAACUAGGCCAAAUAUUUUGGGGGAAAACAACUGUAGCUACAUUCUUACAUUUUAAAACGGAUUUUAGAUUCAACUGGGUUAUAAACAUGUUUUGGGAAUUCAUUUGCGUUCAUACGCACAGGUUAAUAGAGCAAUAUAGUAAUGAACUAGUUUUAAAGAUUUGUAUUGCAGGUGCCUAGCCUGCACUACCAUGCAUAGCAUGCAUGGCAUUGAUCUUAAGGAUUCUUAAGACAUUCUUAAAUCAUUUAAACAUUGAUCAACUCUCCUUGGAAAAAUGUCUGGUCCAUAACCAAUAAUCGUGCAGGGCCUAUUUGCAUUUAUCAGUGUCCGUGUAAAAAUUCUAUGAAACGUCAAUUUCCGACCUGAACAGACAAGAUUCUCGGGGCAGACGUAAAAAAAUGUGCUUUUGUCGCGUUUGGCUACAUUAUAGCCUAAACUGCGUGUUUUUAACUCAGAUCGUCCGAUAGGCCACAUUAUAGCUUCACUCUCAAAGGACGAAGGGUAAAACCAAAUCCAAACAAAACCACUGGACUUUAAAAAUGACUGCCAAUGCAUUUUAUAAUUUGGGUUUGCGCUUCUUCCCUUUGAAAUAAAAACAUCCACAAAAGUUAGACUUUGCAAGUUUUUAACCAUUGGUGGUUUAUGGUUAUUUCCCCAACUGGCAAGUUAACAAAUAUAGGCUAGCCUACGUUUCUUCCCCUGUGAAUUUGGCAUUGCACUUCUAAACCUGAAAGGACGCCCAUAGCAACACUAUUUGCGUUUUAAUUUUGUUUGUCUGUUGCCGGGAGAAAUGAACAGCGUCACCUCCCAACUGUAGCCCAGGUGUCUUGGACGCCGACUUCUGACCGCACCGUUUGAAUGAAAAUGAGCACUCAAGAUAUUUUAACAAUAAACGUUGGGGGACAAAAAUUCACCACCACAGCGGCAACACUGAAAAAGCAUCCUGACUCCAGGCUCGCGCGUAUGCUGGAUGGUUCCGAUUCUGAAUUUCGAAUCUUUGGCGGCGAGGUUUUCGUGGACAGAGAUGGAACCUUAUUUAAGUACAUACUGGACUACAUAAGGACCUAUCAAGUCUCACUACCACCCGAAUUCUUCGACUUUGAAGGAUUGAAGCGUGAGGCGGAGUUCUACGAGGUGCACGCACUGGCAGAGUUUCUUGGCAGAGGUGGCUGUCGUCCAACGUCAGAAUUAUUAGAGUUGCGCUUCUCAAUUCAGGACAUACACGGAUUCUUUAGAUUAUUCUGUUCGCGGAGCAGCACUCUGGAGACACUGGCCACGAGAAUAUCCGUGUACGCCGAGCAGCCGGCGGCAAAUUGGAAUUGCACCCACCAGCAGCAAAAACCUAUGAUACCUGUGCCGCUGCAACGGCCCUCUCAUCAUGACGUCGUCUUCCAGUGUGGCACAGAUUACUCUUCCGGGGACGAGUUCGCUGCAAGGUAUGUGACUAUACUCCCAGAUGACAGAAAGCUGUUGAACGGAACCAACAUACUUGGUUUACUGGUGGACACGCUUCUGGGAGAAGGAUUCCGACUUGUAAGCACGCGGACAGUAUCCUCAGAAGAAAAGGUGGAGUGUUACACGUUUGAGAGAAAUAAGAUUCCUCACGUUCUUACGAUAAACGAUAGUUAGAGAACAAACAGAACUUAAAUUCACCUAAACGUGUCCAAGAAAACAUGGAGAAAAUAGAAGCUUUCGGCUGUUCGCGCACUUUUAUCAGCCAAAAUAUUGCCUGUUCACGUGUAUAAAUAUCUAAGGAAUUCAAACAACUUUCUCAUUGGGGACACAGGAGCCAGUACGCUAUCGUUUCCCUGAAGGUGGCGACACCGCAUUGUCGGAUGGGGUGAUAACUUUCGAUCAGUAAAAAUGGCGUCAAUAAAAUGUCAAGCUUCAUGUAGAUAACUUCCCAUACUCUACUUUAUUUGGACCUAUCAAAAUUAAGUCACUUAAUUGCAUACCUGUUGGUAAGUUUUGAAACAAGUAUUCCCCUUAGGACAAAACUGACGUAGCUUCACGCAAUAAAAAAAACCAGAAAAAAUUCACGAAAACAUUUUAUUUCAAAUAGCAUUUACAAAUAAACAUUUGUACCAAAACACGGGCGAUUAAAUGUACACGAAUGUCGCACGUUAUCAUCGGUGCAGUCAUGUCAUUCGUGGUCAACACCAGCUGAUGCAACUCAAUUGUAACUGGCGCAAUGUAUCAUUACAUCUUCACAUAUUUAUAGCAAUCAGUUGGUUCUGAAAUGCACAAUGCUGUGCAUCACAGGGGCAAAUGGCGCGCGCGCCCUCAGUAACGCCAGGACACAUCAACACAAUAGAAACCAAAUGGUUGCAUCAUACUUUUCUACAAUCUCUAAAGUAGGAUUCUGAAAACUCCAGGAAACUGGACGUGACGAAAAACGCCAUUAUUUAGUUAGUUGCCAAAAUCGGGCUACGCUGGUAACUGUAGCCUUCGCUGAAUGAAGUCUUCAAUCAGUUGCGCGCUAUAACGGGACGCAUCGCCACUUUCAGAAAUUAAGACUUCAAAAAUCUCCCAGCAUAAUGUUAAAAAUAAAAAAUAA